AUGGGCCGCGUUCCUAUCAUGCCGAGCAUAAGCUUUUGCGAAGGUUUGGAAAAUGAGCAGUUCGACAUGGCGCUUGUGCAUACUCCACGUCAGGCGGUAAACAGAGACACAGUAGUAUUUCGUCCACAGAAUUAUGUUGAAAAAGCAGCCCUUAAUAGGGGUUGGCUAGAUUCAAGCAGAUCGUUGAUGGAACAAGGCGUUUUUGAGGGAGAUGUCGUUUUGCUUCGUUUCAAAUAUAUGACAUUCUUCGAUCUGAAUCCGAAAUAUGAUCCUGUUCGCAUCAAUCAACUAUAUGAGCAAGCAAAAUGGUCAAUCCUGUUAGAUGAAUUUGAUCACACAGAAGAAGAAGCAUCCUUAUUUGCCGCAUUGCAGUUGCAAGCCACGCUUCAGCGUGACUCUCCAGAACCGGAGGGUCCGACAAAAGAUGAUGUAGACAUGAUGCUGGAUGAAUUGGAACAAAAUUUGGAUGCCGCCGCUCUUGGACGUCGUUCUGAUUUAAUGCAAGUACCAGAACUUGCCGACUACCUUAGAUAUAUGAAGCCUAAGAAAUUAGCCGCAUUCAAAGGAUUCAAGCGAGCCUUUUUUUCGUUCCGUGAUUUAUAUCUCAGCUACUAUCAGAGUUCAUCGGACAUUAAUCAACCACCCCUGGGUCACUUCUCACUCAAAGGUUGCGAAGUUAGUCCAGACGUGUCGGUUUCCCAAGGUAAAUACCAGAUUAAGCUACUGGUGCCUACUGCAGAAGGAAUGACUGAUUUUGUACUCAAAUGUGACACGGAGCAUCAGUAUGCUCGAUGGAUGGCAGCAUGUCGUUUAGCAUCUCGUGGAAAGUCAAUGGCUGAUUCUUCUUAUCCACAAGAGGUUGAAAACAUCAAAAAUCUUCUGCACAUGCAGAACACCACAAAUGGACGAAACGAAAAUACUGCUACGCGUCGUGCUGCUCCAGUCAAACUUCCAAACGAUUUUAAUGUAGAUGAAUAUGUUUCGCAAAGAUACGUACGAAAAGCAAGAAGCAAACAAGCGGUUUAUAAUUUAUCGAAUCUCAGCUACAACAACGCGUUGCUGAUGCACAUGCUAAUGUGCGACAAUUAA